GUUGUGUUCGACGGGCCGGAGCUUCUCCAUGCGGGCGCAGUGCUGCGGGUUAGAGCAUGACCCGGAGAUCAGUUAGCAGGAAGCGGAGGGCCAAUCCUGGAUCAGGCCCCGGGGAGCAGUCUGACUGGGAUCACUCGGCCCAUAAGCGCAAGAGGCUCCCCCCUGAGAAGAAAUCACUUGUGUUCUACCUGAAGUCCAGAGAGCUGAAGCCUCACAAUGACUCCACUUACCUUCAUCUGUUACGCGGCCACGCAGCUUGCACUCUACCCAGCAUUCUCUCCGAGAGGGAGUUCCACCUGGGCAACCUCAACAAAGUCUUUGCCUCUCAGUGGUUAAACCACCGGCAAGUUGUGUGCGGCACCAAAUGCAACACCUUGUUCGUGGUGGAUGUACAGACGGGACAAAUAACAAGAAUCCCCAUCUUGAAAGACCGGGAGCCAAUCAACGGGAGCCAUCAGAGCUGUGGAAUCCACGCCAUUGAGAUUAACCCUUCGAGGACAUUGUUGGCCACAGGAGGGGACAAUCCUAACAGCAUUGCUGUGUAUAGACUCCCGACACUGGACCCUGUGUGUGUGGGGGACGGGGGCCACAAUGACUGGAUCUUCUCUAUCGCCUGGAUCAGUGACACUAUGGCUGUGUCGGGUUCUCGGGACGGCUCCAUGGGUCUGUGGGAAAUGACAGAUGAAGUUGUGAAUAAGAGUGACUUUCAGCAUGGCCUCUCCCGCGUCCCUGUGUACUCGCACAUCUCUCACAAAGCGCUGAAGGACAUCCCCAAAGAAAGCAGCAACCCGGUGAACUGCAAGGUGCGAGCUCUGGCCUUCAACAGCAACAACAAGGAACUGGGGGCUGUUUCUCUGGACGGUUUCUUCCACCUCUGGAAAGCAGAACAGACUCUCUCUAAGCUGCUCUCCACGAAGCUGCCAUACUGCAGAGAGAACGUGUGUCUGGCCUAUGGGCUGGAGUGGUCUCUUUACGCUGUCGGGUCACAAGCUCACGUCUCCUUCUUGGAUCCCCGGCAGCCUCCUCAUUGUGCCAAGUCUGUGUAUUGCAGGGAGCAGGGCAGCGGAAUUCGGUCGGUCAGUUUCUAUGAACACAUCGUCACCGUGGGGACCGGCCAGGGGGCUCUUCUCUUUUAUGACAUUCGAGCGCAAAGAUUUCUGGAAGAUUCAACGGGAAACUGCCGGAAUGCCAAGAAGAAAGGGGACACGCUGAAGCUCAGCACCGGGAAAGGCUGGCUGAAUCACAAUGAAAUGUGGCUGAAUUACUUCUCCGACAUCGACUGCUGCCCGAAUGCCGUUUACACCCACUGUUACGACUCCUCCGGAACCAAACUCUUUGUGGCGGGCGGGCCUCUACCCACAGGUCUCCAUGGCAACUACGCCGGCCUAUGGAGUUAAAUGAACCCAGUUCAUCCCGCCUCCUUUUCUCUCGCUGAAUCAGAAGUUUCUCGUUUAUUCCCCAAUUAUCAGGAAGUUGUUUGUUGGCCGAGUCUUAAGUCUGAGCUUUUACUCUGCUGCUUCUUGAAAGAAGUUUUUACUGUUCUCGCCAACAAUCCCCCGUUUUUUAUUUAAUGAUUUUGAGAGAAAAACUUGCCAUUUGUUUUAUGUUGCCAAUUUCUCUUACCUGGGAAACAAUAGCCCGGCAUCAGCCGUAUGGACUAACAGCCAUUCCACAAUCACCGCUGCAGCCCUUUCCUAUCAAACUAAAAACCUCCUGGUUUCUCUUUUUUUUAACUUCCCCUUGGAUCCUUGUUCUUGUGUCGCACAUCCGAUGACUUGGAAAACUUACAGGCUGAAGCCAAUCCAAGCAGCACGGAGGUUGCUCAUUGGUGUCACUACACAGACUGCCCAGUGAAAUCCCUUAUUUCCCACCAAUCGGACACUACCAGAUUUUCCGUGAAAGUCUGGGGGGAACAGUGCGUGUGAUGAGUACGUGUUUGUGUGAAGUAACUUUGGUUUCUAUUAUUUGCAGUGGAUAAUUGUCGUUAAUGUUAUUCGCAAAGGUGAAGAAAAGCUCUUUAUUCUUUGGGUCCCGCGUCUGGGACUGGUUUUAGCAUUUUUUUUAAAUGUAAAGGAUUCUAAUGGCUCUGUAUAUUAAAUCUGCAAUAAACCCGAAAAACACAGGUUCUG